GCUCUUGUGCGUGGUGCUUCCGGUUCAGUCGGAGGACGCGGAGGAUGGGGCGCGGAGCCGAGCUGCCCGACUUCAGGAGUUGGAGCCCGCGGGGCACCCCGCUGGAGGACGUGCAGGAGAGGCUGGCGCGGCGGGGCCUGCGCGACCCCUGGGCCCGCAACGAGGCGUGGCGGUUCAGUGGAGGCUUUGCUAAACCAAUCACUUUCAGCAAUGUUUUCUUUCGUGGCUUCAAGUGGGGAUUUGCAGCAUUUGUUGUGGCAUUGGGUGUCGAAUAUGCACUAUCAGAUCCAAAGAAGAAUGGAGGACAUCAUUAGAAAAUGAACUCUUAAAAUCAAGGAAGCUUCCUGGAAUUUGUGGUAUCUCCCCAACUUUCCUCAGUUGGUGGACAGUAACUAGCAUUUGAAAUGAGAAUUAAACUUCCAUUUAAAAAUAAAACAAUCUACCGAGUCA